GCCGGCGCCCGCAGCCCCUCGCCGGACUUUCCCCUUCCCCGCUCCGUGUCCCCUCGGCGCUGCGCUUCCCCCUUUCCCUCCCCGCCGCGUCUGGCCCUGCCGGGGCUGCUCGGGGAAGGGGAAGGGGGGGGUAGGCGGGACGGGGCCAUGAGGCGGGCGGUGGCCACCGGCCCAGCGGCAGCCGCCGCCGCGCCGUAGGGCUCCUUCCCCGGGCAGGAGCCGGGCUGCGCCCCGGGGGGAGCCCCGGAGCCGGGGUUAGGGUGGGCGUGGGGGCAUCUCCCGCCCCACGGAGCCGAGGGAGCGGGGGUGGCCGUUUGCCCCCCGCACCCCUAUGUGUGCCAUGAUCGACUCGCAGUCCGCCGAGAAGAUCAGCAGGAUGAAAAAGUUAAGGAGAACUUUAUCGGAGAGCUUCGGCCGGAUCGCCUUGAAGAAAGAAGAGAGCAGCUUUGAUGAGAUAUGUGUCACAAAGAUGUCCACACGGAACUGCCAGGGCAUGGACUCGGUGAUCAAACCUCUGGACACGAUUCCUGAAGAUAAGAAGGUGCGGGUGCAGAGGACGCAGAGCAGCUUCGACCCCUUUGAGAAGCCAGCCAACCAGGUGAAGAGGGUGCACUCGGAGAACAACGCCUGCAUCACCGCCAGGACCGGCUCUGCGGGCAAGGAGUCGCCCAAGGUGCGCCGGCACUCCAGCCCCAGCUCCCCUACAAGCCCCAAGUUUGGGAAAGCAGACUCCUAUGAAAAGCUGGAGAAGCUGGGGGAAGGGUCCUAUGCCACGGUCUACAAAGGGAAGAGCAAGGUAAAUGGAAAGCUGGUGGCACUGAAGGUGAUUAGAUUGCAGGAAGAGGAAGGAACCCCAUUUACUGCUAUCAGGGAAGCUUCUCUUCUGAAAGGACUGAAGCAUGCCAACAUCGUGCUGCUCCAUGACAUCAUCCACACCAAGGAGACCCUGACACUCGUGUUUGAAUAUGUGCACACUGAUUUGUGUCAGUACAUGGACAAGCACCCUGGAGGGCUUCACCCAGAGAAUGUGAAGCUGCUGCUGUUCCAGCUGCUGCGUGGCCUCUCCUACAUCCACCAGCGCUACAUCCUGCACAGGGACCUGAAACCACAGAACCUCCUCAUCAGCGACACGGGAGAGCUGAAGCUGGCAGACUUUGGUCUCGCAAGAGCUAAGUCCGUGCCCAGCCACACCUAUUCCAAUGAAGUGGUGACCCUGUGGUACAGGCCUCCAGAUGUCCUUCUGGGAUCCACAGAGUAUUCCACCUGCCUUGACAUGUGGGGCGUGGGUUGUAUCUUUGUAGAGAUGAUCCAAGGGGUUGCUGCUUUCCCAGGAAUGAAAGACAUCCAAGAUCAACUCGAAAGGAUAUUUCUGGUACUUGGAACACCAAAUGAAGACACGUGGCCUGGAGUCCACUCCUUACCCCACUUCAAACCAGAGCACUUCACACACUACAGCCCGAAAAGUCUUAGACAAGCAUGGAACAAGCUCAGCUACGUGGCUCACGCAGAAGACCUCGCCUCCAAACUGCUCCAGUGCUUCCCAAAGAACAGGCUGUCAGCACAGGCAGCCCUGAGCCAUGAGUACUUCAGUGACCUGCCCCCACGGCUAUGGGAGCUGACUGACAUGUCUUCUAUUUUUACUGUCCCGAAUGUGAGGCUGCAGCCAGAGUCUGGGGAAAGCAUGAGAGUCUUUGGGAAGACCAACAGUCAUGGCAAAGGUGUCUCCAACAGCAAGCACUGAGCUGUGCUCCCAGGAGAGUGCAGGAUGCAUUCACCAGUUUGGAGGAGGGAAACACCAAGCUAGCGAGGCGGCCAAGAGCAGGGAGGCACCAGGGCCCGGUUCCUCUCUUUCUCCACGGUGAAUGUCAUUCAAGGGACAACUGAAGCUGGCAAGACCCUGGGUUGUUUGGGUUUGGGUUUUUCCCCUGCAGUUUCUUUCCAACCUUGCACGUGUUUUGGAUACCUUGUGAAUUCAGAGACCUGUGUGAAGAUGAAGCUGUUGCUUACUUGAUCCAUGGCAUGGACUCUUGCAGUCUUUUGUGUUUGGGGGCUGUUUGGUUUGUUUUCCCACCAUGGCGCUGCAUCUUCGUAAGGAUUCGGAUGCUUCCACCAGCCAUGUCUUAAACACGCUCAGACACCACGCUCGGCGUUCACACUUCCUCAGCAGCAACCAGAGAAACCCCAGCCAAUGGUGGCAGGAAAGAGCUUGUGUUUUCUGUGAGAGCUGGGCACGUUCUGCAGUCAAUGGGAAGAGGAUUUCUGCCAGAGCGAGCCCGGCUUGCCCAGUCAGCUGGCAGUGACAGCACCUUGCCCCCCUUCCGAAGCGCUGUCAGGUUCUCUCUUCAUCAUCUCCUCAGAAGGUUCAUGGCCAUUUGCAGAACCUUGGCAAUAACUGCCUGGGUACCUCUGUACCUGUGAGUCUGGGUCCUUGCUCAGGCAGGGGAGCACGCCCCUUUCCAGG